UCUCCCUAUCUCCAACUUCAAACUACAGCCAGCACCUUGUUCCUUUUGUCUGCUUUGUUUUCUACUACUCCGUCCACUCCCACAAUGACUUACCUCGCCCACGCCGUCCGCCGCGGCCUGGAGCAUACCUCCUCCGCCGGUCUGAUCAAGCGGGCCACCAACUCUCUGCAGUUUCGCCCUCAGGAUAUCCCGAAAUGGGGAGGCGUGACGCUGUUUGUCACUUUCUGGCUCUUCGUCAUCGCUCUCAUUGCUGUUGAAUACACCUUGGGUGUAGUGGCCAGGUUGGCCAUGAUCGAGACACCGUCGUCCUCCAUCACCGUGACCGCCCCCGCCGACGCCACGGAACUCGACGACUCCAAGCAGGGUCUCCUGGAGACGGGUCCCGCCAUCACGCUCGUCGCCGAGAAGCCCUUGACUAGCAGCAUCCGCAAGACCGUCCGACAUUUGAGGACAGUAGGCGGGCGCCUUGCACCCUGGCGUGGCUUCGGCCCCUUCCUGGCAUACCACAUGCUGUCCGGCAUCGUCCUCAACGUUCUCGCAACCUGCAUCCCGCGAUUCCCAGGCCAGGUUGUCAUCGUGUCCGCCUUCACGGGAGCACUGUUAUCUCCCAUCCACGCCCUCUGGACCCACAAGCUCAUCGCCAUGCCGACCAAGCUGUCCUGGAGGAAGCGCAUGCUCUCGCUGCGCGACUGGAAGUACAUUGCCCUCCCUGCCGCCCUCGCCGUCUCCGCCGAAUACAUCGCCGUAUACGCCACCAUGCUGUUCAGCUUCGUCAUCGGCAUGGACAAGGUCAGGGAGCAGGCGCCCACCACCGGUCGGGAGAUGUUCUCAGUCGCACUCCUCACCCUGUCCGUCGUCGCCUUCUUCUUCGCCUGCGCCCUGUUCCUCGUCCUCCCCGCCCACGUCACCCUGGUCCGCAUCGAGGCCUCGCUCCUCGCCGACGAGCACGACACCAUUGUCCCCUUUGACCGCACCUUCGCCGGCAAGGUCGUGUCCAAGGUGCUCGGCGGCACGGGCGCCGUGGGCUUCGUCGACGCGUGGAAGAGCUUCAACUGGGAGGCGCGCAGGCGGUUGAUCAAGCUGUGGUUCAAGGCCAUGGCGAUUGAGAGCUUGAUGAUUGUCGCGUUCGUGCACGUCAUCCUGUUCGAGGUGUGGAUUUUCUUGGGCACCGCGUUUAUCAAGGCGUUGGAGAGGCAGCAGCAGGCUGGGUCGUUUUAGUGGAGGGUGCUCGAUGGAUGGGUGUCAGUCAAGAUUCUUGCAUCUUUGGCUUUCCUGGAUGGAUUGCUUGACUGUAUGAGGGCAGACUCCUCGUAGCAGGAGCGGUUGAGUUUGAAUGUUGGAUGGAGCAGUGUUGUUUGGGUUUUUAGUCGGGUGACUCACGGCGGGGUCUGAAUGUGAUGGGCUUUGCCCCAGUGGUGGGUAGUAGAUGCGUCGACAGAGGUAUUGAAUCUCCUUGGUAGAAUAUCAACGAUCCGUAAAUGAACCCUCAUCUUUCCCGUGUGUGCUUGGUCACCUUUAUGGUCUCAGAGUUGGGAAGAUGGAAGACAGGGCAAUGAUAGACAUGUGCGAGAACGAGCAUCAAUGUCUGUAUUUAUACAACAUGGCACUCGAAUCCAACAAACAUGAGUGUGGAGCGAUAUCCAUCGCAUUUACUCCUUCCUCGGUCUACCUUCCAUUCAUAACCCAAUGUUCCCCGGUUGAGUAUCGACUCC